UGAACGGACCGAGUGGGAGCAACUUUUGCUUGUGAACAAAACGUCGUACAUUUCGCUUACAUAUUAACUUUUAUGUGACAUAACAUAUUAUAAACGCAUAUUUAUUAUUAUUAUCGUAGUUGAUGCGUACACAAUGACACGAGAGGAGGAACUGUUGCGGAUUGCUAAAAAGCUAGACAAGAUGGUGUCUAGAAAUAACAUGGAUGGAUCUCUUGACCUUCUGAGAGAAUUGAAAAAUUUCAACAUGACGCUGAAGCUUCUCCAGGACACAAGAAUUGGCAUGUCUGUCAAUGGAAUAAGGAAACAUUGCACAGAUGAGGAUGUUGUCAACUUGGCAAAGAUUCUUAUAAAAAACUGGAAAAAACUUUUAGAAUCAGCUCAAAACCAAAAAUCUGAAAGGCCAAAUGAGGUAAAGAUUGGUAAUUAUCCAAUGAAGCCAUCAGGAUCACCUGACAGGACUUCUCCUGAGAGGCAGUCCAGGAGAGACACUCCUGUUGAUUUUUUCCCCCCUGCUUCGAUCAAUUCCCACACUCUAAGACACUCAUCCACAGAUGUAAAGAAAGAGAGAAAGGAUUCCACAGAUUCCAAUAAGCAGUCUCCUAGAAAGCCCAGCCUGGAUGGAUGGAGAGACAGGAGAGAUUCUACUAGCUCAAAGUCUUGCAGCUCCCCUCUGGCCACGAAAUCUGGUGAAAGCAAGAGUAAACCAGAGACCCCGAAGGCACCCACAACCCCUACAAGCCCUCUGUCCCCAUCGUUUAGCUCUAGUGCGGGCCCUUUAUCACCUCGCCUACAAACCGGGGAUUCCAUCAGGGACAAAUGCAUUGAAAUGCUGGCUGCCGCACUACGUACAGAUGAUGACUACAAAGACUAUGGGGCAAACUGUGAGGUCAUGGCUGCAGAAAUCGAGGAUCAUGUAUACCAGGAGAUAAAAGCUACAGACAUGAAAUACAAAAACAGAGUCCGCAGCCGCAUCAGUAACCUGAAGGAUCAUAAGAAUCCCAAUUUGCGUAAAAAUGUCUUAGCUGGAGCCAUUGAGUUGAGCCGCUUAGCCAGCAUGACUGCUGAGGAGAUGGCCAGUGAUGAGCUAAAGCAGUUGAGGAAUGUGUUGACUCAGGAGGCCAUCAGAGAGCAUCAGAUGGCAAAGACUGGUGGAACCACCACAGACCUGCUUCAAUGUGGCAAAUGCAGGAAGAAAAACUGCACCUACAACCAGGUGCAAACACGGAGUGCUGAUGAACCAAUGACUACCUUUGUGCUGUGCAAUGAAUGUGGUAAUCGCUGGAAGUUCUGCUAAGUUAUGACAGAGCUCCAACAACAGUGACCACACUCAUCAGUGUCCUAAUUUUUUUCUUCUUUUUUUAUUUUUGUGAGAGUAAAAUGUGUGAUUACUUUUAUUUUGUAUUUUCUUCUUAUGUUUUUCAAGCCCUAUAUUCAUAAUAUGUAAAUUAAUUCCUGAAAUUUAUAGAGGUACACCACAUAAUAAAAGCGGGUGUGCUAUACUUUCAUAAUUAAAAUGAAGGUUCAUUACCUAGAAAAUGUAAAUCUUUAAAAAUUCUUUAUUUUAUAAUGUUUUAUGAAAUGCCAGAGUAAAUUUCACUUUUUAUUUUAUUUUUCUACUUUAAUUCACUUUAAACUGAUUAAUCAGUUUAUUGCACAGACAUUAACAAUCUACAUGGGUUCAGAUCAGUUACGAAAUAAAGGAUGAAAUUGACAUUUAAAGGAAUGUACAUUUACUGACAGAUGUAAUCGUUUAUUAGUCAAACUCAUGAAUAGUUUCGUAAAAAGGAUCUAAACAAAAUAUUUGUAAUUAUGAUGCCAUGAUGUUUUAGAAAAAAUCUGCAAAAAAAAAAAAAGUACAAUUCAAACAAUAAAUGUGAUAUUGACUUGAUAUAUACAAAAAAUACUUUCUUUCUUUUUGUCUGCUUUACCUUGAAAUUUGAUGCUAUAUGUUAUAUGGUUUUACAAUUGAAGGGACUGAAGAAAGAAUUUUGAGACGUGCUUCAAGCCCAGGGCCAUUCAGGAACAUUCUGUUGUACAAAGCUCAUCAAAUACACGUGGCUUGUUCAGUCAGCAUACCUGCCAUGUAAAAGCAAGACAUACCACACAUAUAGGCAACACAUAUUCUCUCUCUCUCACUCACAAGCAAGGAAACACACACAGAAAGAGAAAUGAUGAGAUGCAGAACUGUUCUGCAGUAAGACUUCAGAUCAACUUGUGAUGUGGAGGAAACAAUUUUAGUAAAGCUCCACUCUGCUUAAAGGAAUGGUUCACCCAAAAAUUAAAAUUCUCUCAUUAUUCACUUACCCUGAUGCCAUCCCAGAUGUAUAUGACUGUCUUUCUUCAGCAGAACACAAAUUAAGAUUUUUAGAAAAAUGUUGAAGUUAUGGAGGUCCUUAUAAUGUAGGUAAAUCGGUGCCAUCAGACUGCUGGCUAUUUGAUGGUCCAAAGGGCAUAUUUAGGCAGCAUAAAAGUAUCCCACACAACUCUAGUCAAUCAAUUAAUAUUUUCUGAAGCAAAUCGAUAGGUUGGUGUAAAUCGAUAAAUUGUUGCCUCCGGCCAGUGCUGGGAUGCUGGGUGUAAUUAACUAACUCUCACGUGACGUCUGAAGAAAGACAGUCAUACACAUCUGGUAAGCAUCAGGGUAAAUUCAUAUCGAAAUAAUUUUUAUUUUUGGGUGAACUAUUCCUUUAAGCAAUGUGAAGUGAAAUUAAUCAAAAACAAAGCACAGAAAACACACAUUGAUGAGUCACUGCUGAAUACAACUGUCCACAUUUCCAACUUUGUUACACUGUAAACUUACUGCUAAAAUGUAGACAUAAAUAAAAUAAACAUGAAUUACACAGU